AUGGAGAAGCAACUGGAGGAGCUAAAGCACCAGCUAGAGAAGCAAUGUCUGAUCAAUCAGGAGCUGCAGAGACAAAACAAAGACCUGGAACAAAGACUUCAAGAGAAGGAGAGACUUUUGCAGCAGCUCCACAGUCAAUAUCAUGACCUGGAGUUUCCUGCCCAGGGCGGUAAUGAGACUGAACCCGAGUUCAGGAAGAGCCGUGCAGCUGUUAUUGCCACUGAACCCAUCCCUGAGACCCUGGAGAUUACACGCACCAGGGUCAAGAAAUCUGCCAGUGAGACAAGUCUGAUCAUCAAGGCCAUCCAGAAGAAUGACUUCCUGAGCCGCCUCGAUGAGGAACAAACAGCCAUGAUGGUGGAUCUUUUAGUGGUAUUGAAGUUCAACCCGGGGGAUGAAGUAAUUAAAGAGGGCUCUGAAGGAGACAGGAUGUACAUAGUGGCAGAUGGUGAUCUCGUUGUGACCCAGGCGGGCAGGAACCUCCGAUCUCUUACCACCGGUGACGUGUUUGGGGAACUGGCCAUACUGUACAACUGCAAACGGACAGCAACAGUCAAAGCAAAGACAGCAGUGCGACUAUGGUACAUGGAGCGACAGACCUACAGGACCAUCAUAACUAAUAAGUCCAAGAAGAAACGAGAGCAGCUCAUGGGCUUUUUGAAGACAUCUCGUACUCUGAAGGACUUGAACGAUGUCCAGUUGUCGAAAAUUAUUGACUCAAUGGAGGAGGUGAAGUAUCAGGACAAAGAUGUUAUAGUACGAGAAGGAACAGAAGCAGACACUUUCUACAUCAUCCUCAAAGGAGAGGUCUUAGUCAGUAAAAAUGUGAAUGGACAUCAGAAACAGAUUCGACGAAUGGGAAAAGGGGAGCAUUUUGGGGAACAGGCCCUCAUACGUGAAGUCUUGAGAACUGCCACCUGCACUGCUGAUGGCCCCGUUACCUGCUUCUCCAUUGACAAGGAGGUUUUUGAGGAGACAAUACCCAUAGAACACUUGGAGCUGUUUGAUGACUCCAAAGUUCUGCAGGAGGCACAAGCUCCAGAAAAGUCAAGUCCCAGCACUUCCACGGGACUGAGGUUUAAGGACCUGGUUCCUGUGUUAUACCAGGAGGGUCGGUAUCAGGGAGAUCAAGUCACGCUUGGAGUUGGAGGCUUUGGUCGUGUUCAACUUAUGACCACUGUGAACCAUGGGAAAUAUUAUGCCAUGAAAUGUGUCAGCAAGAGGCAGAUCGUUGCUAAGAGGCAGGAGGAGCACAUGCUGUUUGAGAAGAAAAUCCUUAAAGCCAUUCAGUGCGACUUCAUUGUCAGGCUUUAUGCAGCUUUCAAAGACACGCGGUACAUCUACAUGGUCAUGGAGUUUUGUGGCGGCGGGGAGAUUUGGACAAAACUGAAAGAAGUAGGCCGUUUUGAUGAGUCCAUUGCUGUGUUCUGCACCGCCUGUGUGGUGGAGGCCUAUGCCUACCUACAUAAGAAGAGCAUCAUGUACAGAGACCUGAAGCCUGAGAACCUGAUGCUGGAUGUGAGGGGCUACAUCAAACUGGUUGACUUUGGCUUUGCCAAGGAGCUGGUGCGUGGUGAGAAGACUUACUCAUUUGUCGGCACUCCAGAGUAUAUGGCACCAGAGAUCAUCAAGAACCAGGGACAUGACUUUGCAGUUGAUUUCUGGUCACUUGGUAUUCUCAUCUUUGAGCUGUUAGUGGGAAGCCCUCCAUUUUCAAGUUCAGAGCCUCAGAAGAUUUAUGCAAAGAUUUUGGACGGGGUGCUCAAGUAUCCACCUUAUUUAAGUGAAGCAGCCAAGUCCAUCAUCAGUAAACUGUGCAGACCUCGUCCAGGUCAAAGGUUAGGAAAUACCAAGAAUGGAAUCAAAGAUGUCCGGCAUCACAGAUGGUUCAGCAGUAUGAACUGGCACAAGCUGCGCGUGGGCCAACUCAACGCACCCACAGUCCGACUCAUACGCAAGGGUCCCUGCUACAUUAACUUCGAUCGUUUCCCUCAAGACCAGACGAAGGCAGAGGAGGAGUUCUCUGGCUGGGACCGAGACUUCUAACUUCUGUUAUGGAUCAGAGGCCACAGGACUGUGUCUACUUCACUCAAACAUGGACCCCAUUUAGAAUAACAAUAGGUCACCUUGGCUUCCUUGACAUGCAUCUUGAGACUUUGCAUUAAUAGUUUAACAGUUUGCUGUCAAAGUAGGGUUAAUGGACCUAAUUUCCUGCUGAAACUUACCAUACAAAUUCACUAUGAUUUCCUAAUUCAUAGUUUUAUUUACCCAUACAAAACAAACUAAAGUAUUUUAUAUUACUAAUGACCCAUGCACUCCCUUUGGCAUAUAUUUUCAGACAUUAUAAGGAUCAAAUGAUGCUACUCAUGUUAUAUGUUUAUCAAAUAACUCAGGACAUUUGGGAGAAAAUGGUUGGCCCAAACAUGGCGGUCAUGUGACCAUUAUGUCUUUAUAGGACAUGAUGCUGUAGAAAUGUGUUGGUUGUUUGAUGCUUAUGCUUUGAAUAUGUAAAUCAAAGCACAUUCAGUUCUUAUUCAUAUUUUAGUUUUGCAAGCAAAAUGGUGUGUGUUUGUAAAUUGUGUGGCAUUUGUAAAACAUGAAAAUGAGCUCCAUGCAUCCGAUGGUAAUUACCAGAAACUGGAUCAACUGAAAAAUUUACAGUUAAAAGGAAGAUUUUUUUUUUGUCUGUUAUGCAAACCUUUGGACUACACAAAUGUACAAAUAUUUGAUUUGUUCAAAAUCAUGUAGAUAGAAUAGUAAAUGUAAAUGGGAAUACAAGAGUUGAAUUAGACCGCUUCAGCUCUUCCACAUAAUAUUUACUGAAGCUCUACUGUCACUGUUCAGAGUCAACAAUGUAGGUUGUAUAGCAAAAAGAGGAAAUAUAUGGAGAUAUGAGGCCAACAUGCAGUUUCCAAAUUCAGACAAGUAACACUUUGUGUCUGAUGAAGAUGUAUUAAAAGCAUAAUUCUCUGUACUGAUUGAAAUGAAUCAUCUGUAAAAAUGUUUGUAGUUGAUCAGGUCUGAAAACCAAAUCACCAUUAAUGUCAUAUCAGUUCUGCAACUUAUGUUGUUCUUAAGUAUUUUUGUCAGAGGUAAAACAUGCUUAUC